UCCCCCACCUCAAAUCUUCAAGCAAAAGCUGAAAAAAUGGAAAAGCUGACGCCUCUGAUAUCCAACGUGUCCAUUGUGGAACCGUGGGAACACAAGCCGCGCAAAAGAACAGCUACAACACCUUAUCCCUCGAAUACCUGUCGAGUGUUCAACAGAAGGAAACAGUGCUGGAGAGUCUUUAUUAGCAGACUUUAGCAGGUCGCCAUCACCUCAGCCCUCUGUGCUGUAUUAGCUAGUCUUUAUGUAUACUACUCACGAAAGGAGAUUCUUAAGUCCACCGACGUACAAGCCUUCAAUGUGCUAAACAUAGGUCUAUCGCUACUACUCGGUGCACAACACAGCUCUGCAUUCAAGGGUUUCGGCCAAAACAUUCAGUGGCAGCUCCUCUCGUCGCGAUACUUUGAUCUAAAGCAGUUUGAUAUGGUCAUGAGGUGUGAAAGC